AUGCUUAAGAGAUCUGUCGUUCAAUCUUCCAAGAGAUUGACCCCAGUCAUCGCAAGAAUGUACUCCAACUUGCCAUUGUCUGUUCCAAUCACCUUGCCAAACGGUGUUACCUACGAGCAACCAACCGGUUUGUUCAUCAACAACGAGUUCGUCACUCCAGCCCAAAAGAAGACCUUCGAGGUCAUCUCCCCAUCCACUGAGGAGGAGAUCACUCACGUCUACGAGGCCAGAGAGGAGGAUGUCGACUCUGCUGUUUCAGCCGCACAGGCUGCUUUCGACGGUGGCUGGUCCGGCGCCGACCCAGCUGUGCGUGCCAAGGCCUUGAACAAGAUCGCUGACUUGAUUGAGGAGAACGCCGAGACCUUCGCCCACAUUGAGGCUUUGGACAACGGUAAGUCCUUGAUGAACUCCAGAGGUGACGUUGCCUUGUCUGUUGGCUGUUUCAGAUCCUCCGCAGGUUACGCUGACAAGUUCAACGGUUCCCUCAUUGAGACCGGUGACUCCCACUUCUCUUACACCAGAAAGGAACCAUUGGGUGUUUGUGGUCAAAUCAUUCCAUGGAACUUCCCAUUGUUGAUGUUCACUUGGAAGGUCGGUCCAGCUAUCGCCACCAACAACACCAUUGUCUUGAAAACUUCUGAAACCACCCCAUUGUCUGCUUUGUACCUUUGUAAAUUGAUCCAAGAGAACAACGUUCUCCCACCUGGUGUUUUGAACGUCGUCAACGGUUUCGGUAAGAUCACUGGUAACGCUAUCCUUGACCACCCAACCAUUAAGAAGGUUGCUUUCACUGGUUCUACUGCUACUGGUAAGCACAUCAUGGCUAGAGCCGCUCAAACUUUGAAGAAGGUUACUUUGGAAUUGGGUGGUAAGUCUCCUCACAUCAUCUUCGGUGACGCCGACUUGGACAUUGCUGUUAACAACGUUAUCACUGGUAUUUUCUACAACUCUGGUGAGGUCUGCUGUGCUGGUUCCCGUCUUUACGUCCAAGAGAACAUCUACGAUGAGUUUGUCAAGAAGUUUGUUGCUGCUGCCGAGGCUGUUAAGGUCGGUAACCCAUUCGACGAGUCCGUCUUGCAAGGUGCUCAAAACUCCUUGAAUCAAUUCACCAAGAUCAUGAGCUACAUUGAGGCUGGUAAGUCCGAGGGUGCUACUUUGUUGACCGGUGGUGAGAAGGCUUCCGAGAAGGGUUUCUUCAUCAAGCCAACUGUCUUUGGUGACGUUACUGAGGACAUGAAGAUUGUCAAGGAGGAGAUUUUCGGCCCAGUCAUCACUGUCCACAAGUUCAAGGACGCUGACGAUGCUGUCAGAUUGGCUAACAACACCGAGUACGGUUUGGCUGCUGGUAUUCAAUCCACCAACACCAACACCUGUAUUGAUGUCGCCAGAAGAAUCAGAGCUGGUACUGUCUGGGUUAACACCUACAACGACUUCCACCAAUCUGUUCCAUUCGGUGGUUUCGGUUCUUCCGGUAUGGGUAGAGAGAUGGGUUCUGAGGUCUUCAACAACUACCUCCAAGUCAAGGCUGUCAGACAAGCUAUCCACGUCUAA